AUGGGUGAUGGGAAGGAGGCCGAGGUCGAGGUGAGGGUGCAGCCGAGGAGGGCGGACAACACGGUUCACCCUUUGCAGACGGAAUCCUCGAGCAGGGCCGUGCCGUCGGAGAAUUACCCCUCCGACGAAUUCCGGCCCUUCCGCAAGUGGAUCCCAUGGAUGAUACCGACGUUCGUCGUUGCCAACAUCGCCGUUUUUCUGAUCUCCAUGUACGUGAAUAAUUGCCCCAAUCGAUCCGACUCCUGCGUCGCGCGCUUCUUGGGCAGGUUCUCCUUCCAGCCAUUCAAGGAGAACCCCCUGCUCGGGCCCGCGUCCUCAACGUGAGUUCUUACCUCGUUCUCAUUGCUUCUAUAAGUCAUUGCAACAGUUUUGGGCCGUCUAUCUGUCUCGCGUUCAUAAUUUUUCCUUCUGGAUACAUAAGCUAUAUCACUUUGCCUUUCUCCCUCUACAUAUGAUUUCAUAAAAGAUUUCUGUAGCCUGCAAGAAGUUUUCAAUUACAUAUGAACUUUGAUCAUGGUGAGAUAUGAUCUGGACAGAUGCUGGGAUUAGGCGUCUGUACUUGUUAUUGGAGAUGAUAAAUGAGGAUAAAACUUGCCACUGCUCGGGAGAUUGUGAGCAAAUAAUAGCUCAUGACCCUCGGUUAAACUGAUCGCUUCCUACGGGUUUUUGUAGUAAGAUUUCCAUGUUCAUUUGACCUUGUCUCCUGGAAUCCAUGUCUGCUAGCAUGAGGAUGGAUAGCUAGGGGAUACCUUGCAGACUAUUGAUGAAGAUAUGAUUGAUUCUGUUCAUAGUUACUUCUACCCUUGCAAUAAUCUCCACUUCUAUCAGAUACCUUAAGCAUCAGCUUUUUAUUUUUUCCUUCGUUUUGGCACCAUUGGUUGAGGUUCGUGAUUCCUGUUCUGUACAUACUGCUUCAUCUCAGACAUUUUAUAUUUUUUUAAGCUAAAGGCCAAGUCUUUCUGAUAAAAUAAAGAAAUCAGUGAAAUUAUAAUCAAAUGGCCGUUCAAUUCCGUCUCAAUAUCCUAAAUAAGAGCUUUAAUUUCUCAAUUUUUUCUGCACGAUGAUAUAUAGCAUAUUUAUGAGCGAUAUUACACGUCUCAUGUCUUCAGGCUACAACGAAUGGGCGCUCUAGAUGUGAAAAAAGUGGUCGACAGACAUCAGUGGUGGCGCCUCAUCAGCUGCAUCUGGCUGCAUGCUGGUGUCUUCCAUAUUCUUGCGAACAUGUUGAGCCUCCUUUUCAUUGGAAUUCGUUUGGAACAGGAAUUUGGAUUCAGUACGUAUUGAAUCUGUUUCUAUAUGUGCUUAUCUUGCAACUUCUUUUUCGGUUGAUAAAUGGGUUCUGCUAUUUCUAUUCAUGCUUUUUUUUUUUUUUGUGCGCGAGUAGUAUGUUUUCCCAGUUUGAUUUUCACAUAGAAUACCUGAGAUGCUGAGGUGAUGGAGCAGAGCCUCAAACCAAUCAUAUUACUAGGCGAUUUAUCUUUUGCUUUAAUCCGAAAAAGAUGUUCUUGGCCUCGUUAUUACUAAGAUCGCUUGGCAUCCUGUACUCGGCAUCAUUUUGAAACAUUGGAGAAUGAUGAAUGAUCAAGAGGAUUCCACGAGAGAUAUAUACAUCCAACCCACAAUCUUUGCAUCAGAGUCGUUGUUCUAAGUUCAGGAAUAAUCAUCAUCCUAAUGUUUUUACGGAGUACUUUCUGGAUAGUAGACGGUGAGUGUGAUGACUCUAUGUGGAUAUAACCAUGUAUCCAUCAAAGUCUAUGAUGUCUGAAUUCCUGGUACUUCGUUGACAUUUAGUUCUUGGGGAUCUCAAGAGUCAACUGGAUCAUGCCUUUGGAAUUAUCACAAGGGAAUUCCUGAUAUUUCUUAGUUCUAAGAAACAUCACUGAUUAUGACCUUUUCAUCUUCGACGGGCUGCUUGGUUUUUCUUUUUCUUUUUCUAAUCAUUUCUGCAUAAUCAUGCCCGCUUGCUUUCUUCCACAGUUAGAAUUGGCCUGUUAUACCUCCUUUCGGGCUUUGGGGGGAGCCUACUGUCUGCUCUCUUUAUACGGUCGAGUAUCUCAGUUGGAGCAUCUGGUGCGCUCUUCGGGUUGCUCGGUGGCAUGCUUUCCGAGCUCAUAACGAACUGGACGAUCUAUGCAAACAAGGUAUCGUUGAUAUUCCGCCAUCUUGUGGAAGAAAUGAGGCAUUAUGUGGCUACUCCAUCUAGCAAACUGAAGCUUCCUUUUUUUCUUUUUUUUCUAGUUUGCAGCGCUGUUGACUCUCGUGUUCAUCAUUGCGAUAAAUCUAGCCGUCGGAAUCCUCCCACACGUCGACAACUUUGCUCACAUCGGUGGGUUCCUCUCUGGGUUUCUUCUCGGAUUCGUCUUUCUGAUCAGACCGCAAUUCGGAUGGGUCAGUCGGAAGAACAUUCCUCUUGGGCACCGCGCAUCGUCGAAGAAGAAGAAGCACAAGACGUACCAAUAUGUGCUGUGGGUCCUCUCCAUCAUCCUACUGAUCGUUGGGUGAGCAGCAGAUUCUCAUCUUGAUUUCAUUUUUCAAUAAACCCGAGAAGGAAUUUUUGUUUGACUGAAUGCCCGAUGUGCAGCUUCACUGUUGGGAUUGUCAUGGUUGCUCGAGGGGUUAAUGGAAACGAGCGGUGUUCUUGGUGCCGCUAUUUGAGCUGCAUCCCCACUUCAAGAUGGAGCUGCAGGUCGUCGCCUGGUACCUGCGCGGUAAGAAGCCUACUCUCUCUCUCGCGUGUCCUCAGGCUUAGCGCGUUGACAUUUUGGUUGACUCUCACAGAUCAUGUGACUGAAGAAUGUCAAUUAUUGCUUUUUUUUUCUCCCGUCAUAUAUUUACGAGCACUACUCCAUGUGUUGCAGAUAACUCAACGCGACACUCUGGUGAGUUUGACUUGUCAGGAGACUGGGAAGAGCCGAAAUUACACGUUGCCCGGUGCAACUGAAACUCAGAUUUAUGACCUAUGCGUUGACCUUUGCCGCUGA